CUGUAAAUUCCACAUUAACAUGAAACCUUAAGCCCCAAAUCUUACGGCGGUCGAACCUGCUUCAGGCUUGUCAAAGAUCAAUUGCUAUUGUAUCAUGAGAUUCAGAAAAGAAAGUAGAGUUGAGGUUUUGAGCCUCAAAGAGGCACCUUAUGGUGGUGGGUGGAGAGCAGCAGAGAUUCUCGCGGGAAAUGGUCACACGUACAGUGUUAGAUACUACUCUUACGGGCUUGCAAAGGACGAGGCCUUGGAGGAGAGAGCUGCAAGGAAGAGCACCAGGCCGUGUCCUCCGCAAAUUGAUGUAGGCAGAUGGGAAGCUGGUGAACUUGUUGAGGUUCUUGACAAAGUUUCUUGGAAAACCGCCACGGUCCUAGAGGAGUUGUCUGGAAGAUACUAUUUGGUUCGGUUACUUGGUGCAGCUCUGGAACUAACGGUUCAUAAAGUUAACCUCAGGGCUCGACAAUGUUGGCAAGAUGAAACAUGGGUUAUGAUUGGAAAGGUAUCUUGUUCUGUGAAGUCCUCGACGCUGACUGGAUCAGAUGUAAAUCCAAAUCUAAAGCCACACGAGACGAGUGUUGCUUCUGUAAGAGUGCUAAAGAGACCUUCAUCCUGUGAUUGGUGUGAGUCUGCUGAAUCAUUCACGGGAAGUCCUAAGGAGUUGCGAUCCUGUAGGAGUGGAAGCUCAGUCUGUAAUGGUUGUUGUGAUGAUACUGAUGCAUGCUCGGUUGGUAGUUGUAGCCCUGUUAGAUAUGAUGAGAGUGAUGAUACCUCAACUUCUUUUCUAGAUGGCUCUUCUAGUAAAGAAGCCGGCUCUUGCAGUAGCGAUGCAGAAUCUUCAAAAGGGGUUAGAGAAGAAGCUACUGGUGGAACAGUGAGGAGGUCAUGUAGGCCUGAACUAUACACAUACCGUAGUACACUGGGGAAGUUAUUUGCUUCCGGGCCUUUGGAUUGGAAUCAGGAAGCAUCACUAACCGAUCUACGUCUUUCUCUGAAUAUAUCAACUGAUGAGCAUUUGAUGGAGAUAAGAAGUUUGAAGUCAACACAUAGUAAAUUUUGUGUUGGCAAUACUUUUCUGCAAUGUGGAAUCAAGUGUUACAUAUUGUUGUUUUUACGAGAGGGUUCUUAUAGUGAUUUGUAUACGGCAGCAGAAUGGAAGAAAGCAUGUAUGGAAAUUCCAAUCCUUUCUUAUAGUUUACUUUUGUUGUACGUUCUAGAUAAUAAAGUUAUAAGAAAAGUUACUUCUUCGAGAGUCUUCCCUUCUUACUCAGUUUCUUCCGUAAUCAGAGGUUGGUCUACGAGCCGCCAAAAGUUUAGAAACCGAUAA